ACGUAGGCAGGGAGGGGGGGACGUAUAAAGAAGCGGUGCUGUCGGUGAUAACUCACUGAAACAGAAGCACAGCGAAUGAGGCAACAGUAAGGAAACCUGCGGUGCUGUCCGUGAUAAUAUUCACUGAAACAGACGCACAGCGAAUGAGGCAAAAGUAGGGAAACCAAAAGGGAGAAAUAACUUUCUACUUUAAAUACACUUCCUAACAACACCGAGCUUUAUUUGUGUUAAGUAGACAUUGGCGUCUUGAGUUAGAGUAGCACGUUCAAUUAGAGAGAUUUGAGGAGUGACAAGGAGGGGAAAGUAGCCUAUCUGGUUUCACAGCACGACACCAGGAGCAUCACCUUCCCUCGCCCCCUCUUGUCCUUUCUCUGUGGUCAUGAUGUGGUCCCACUUCGCCACAAGUGCCCUUAUCCUACUGGUUGUCCUGUUGAGACUCACCCUAACCCUCCCGCUCACCGCCUCCGUGGCAACCGAGACACACAGCCCCAGCGACAGCCAUGCUCCUUCCCCUCUUGGACUUAGGCCAGCCGAGGGAGAGAAUGAAGGGAGGAAGGGCGGACUUCCACAGAGAGAGAGAGCAGAAGAGGAGGAUGAGCUUUUUGGAGACAUGGACCCCAAAAUGUUAGCAGCCGUUCUGCUGGAGGCGAUGAAUAAGCCGCACGGGGAAAGGAGGAACGGUGUGGAGGAUGGGAGCAAGGAAAAAGAGAGCGGAAAGGAGGAGAAUGAGAGAGAGAGGCAGGAGGAGGAGAAGGGAGAGGAGGUGAGAGCAGCAUUGGAUGAGGAGGGAGCAGACCGAGACAGGGACGGUCGUGAGGAGCUUGAGCUGGUGAUGGCGGCCGCUGCGGCGCAGGGCAAGGAGGAGCGAGAGAGGGAUGAGGAGGAGGAGGAGGAGAGGAAGAGAGCACAGGAGGAGGAGGAGGAAAGACUAACAGAGAAAGUGACUAGCCACACCACGAGCCAGACGAUUCCUGGAAAGGAGAAACGACCUCCGGCAGAAGGAGAAAGAGGGGAGGAGGUGGGAGUGGAGGAGGUGGGGGCCAGAGAGGAUGCGCAGCAGGGACCCCCCACCUCACAGGAGACCCAGCAAGAGGAGGAAGAGGAGCAACUAAGUCCAGAUGAAGUGCAGAACCUCCAGAGCAUGUUGGAGGAACUACAGAACUACAACACAGCUAACAAGAGAGAGAGGGAGGCCCAGGAGCAGAGAGGGAGAGAGAGCAGGGGCUACAGCCAAGACGACACAGACCAAGCCCUGAUCCACAACCAGAUAAAACCCAAAGCUAAAGGAUACCCCCGAGCCAUGUCGAAGAAGCUCAAAUGGCAAGAGGAGAUGCAGAAAGCCCUGAACAUGCCCACUUAUAGAGGAGGCAACUUCAUGGACGACUUUGACAAUCUGGCUCGCCCGGCGGCUGAGGAGGAUGAUGAGGAAAUGCUGAGCCCCGAGGAGGAAGAGAGGAGGGCGAAGGAGGAGCAGGAGGAGGUCAGGAGGCAGGCGAUGGAGGCGCAGAGGGCCAAAGCCGAGGAGGAGAAGUUGGCGGACAUAGCCUCGGACAUGCUCCUGCAGUAUAUGGUCAAACAGGACAAAGGAAAGUACCAGAACAAGAAGACCCUGCUGUCCAACGCAGCGGAGGACAAGCGCUCUGACGAGGAGGUCGUCAGCGAGGACGAUGAUAUUGAUCCUCAGACCAUUGAUAAGCUCAUCGAGAUCUCCAGUAAGCUCCACCUCCCCGCGGACGACGUCGUUGACAUCAUCAGCGACGUUGAGAAGAAGAAGAAGAAAGACGCUCCUGAGACAUUGCCCUGGCAACGACCCCAGCAAAGACCCCUGGUUUACCCAGCAGCCAAAGCCGUCAAUGCCCAGCCUUCACACCCCCGAUACCCCACCCUGAAGCAGCCUCUCCCGGCCAUCAAUCCCCUCAAGGCCUGGUUCAAGGACAAAUCCUCCAUCAAACCCUCAAAACAAGACCUCUGGAUCAAACCUCAACAGAAGUCCUUUCGGACUUCCUCCAACUAUCCUACCUAUCCCUUCUACCAACAGAAGCCCUAUCGAGGCUACUACCCAAUUUACUUCCCCCCUCCCAAGCCCAAGCCCCGCUUCUAUGCCAAGCCUUCCUUCAUGCUCAACGACCUCCUGUCGAAUUCUCUGGACUACGACUUUGAUUUCCCCCCCAAGAGGAGGUACCGUCCCUGGGUACAGCCCCGCCCGAGGAAGCCCCCCGCGGCACUCCGGCGGAACCUCUACUACCCAAAUUACUCCAGCUACCCCAACUACCUCCUCCCCCCACACCCCAGGACAUACAACCCCCUACCCGUCCCAGUCCCCAUGCCUAAACCUCGCUCGUCCCCACCCAGGGGUCAGGUUCAGCCUCGCCAUCGGCAUGGUUACUAUUACCAAGCGCCCUCAGCACCUUUGGUGACCCGGGACCAAGAUUACUAUGGGAUGCAGGGGAUAGGGAUGGGGCCGCAGCAGCAAGAUAGCAAUGAAGACCUGGAGAACUACAUUCAACAGGUCUUUAUGAAACCCAGGCCUAGGAUGUUUCAGUGAAAAGAGAGGAAAGAGAGCGAGGGGGCGGGAAGGAGGGAGGGGAAAAAGGGAGGAAGAGAGAUUUUUUUUCAGCACUUACUUUUGAUUUCAGGUUUUGUCUUGGUUUUGUCUCUUUAAAGUACUGUUAGAUUUUUGUCAAAGAGCAACACAAAUUACAUGUAGCUUUUUUUUGUAUAGAGUAAAAAUUCACUUGCAGAUAGAAAAGUGAGGGAGUCGGGACGACACACAUCCAUGAAACUGAAGCUGUUGUCCAAAAUGACUGAAAGAGGGGCACUAAACCAAUCACAUAAAGAACUAUAGAACAUACAGAACUAUAGAACACUGACUCUAUAGACUCAUCUCAUCAUCCUGGAAAAUAUGAGGGAGCGUCGGCGUCGUUCAGAAGACCAACAUUGAGGGGAAAUUGCAAAUGGCACCCUAUUCCCUAUGUUGCGCAAUACUUUUGACCAGGGUCCAUGGGGCUCUGGUCAAAAGUAGUGCACUAUAUAUAUGGGAUAGGGUGCCAUUUGGGACUCUGCCUGACUCAUGUUGCCUGUAAUCCAAAACUCAUACAAGAGACUUACAGUUGUUAACAAAUACACAGAUGUCAAUGUUUGGAACCAAAAUGCACAGUCAAGUGUGUUUAUAUUCCAAAAGACUAGCCAUCGCUAUUGGAGAAGAGGCCCCAAUGGAUAUAAAGCCUUACCAAUGUGUAUCUGUUAUGUUUUAUUGUUAUACGUCAUUGAUUGUUUACAGAAAAUGAAGCUUGCAAAAAAAUAUAGAAUUGGACCUUUUCAAGAACUCACAGAUACAAACAGUUAUCGUCAAGGACAGAGAAAGUCAUUGUUAUUGUAUUGAUACCCUUGAUGAUACGGUGCCAUACUGUACGCAAAUGCAGUCACUAUUUAUUAAUCAAAUAUAUUGUUUGUUUUUUAUUAUUUGUUACUUGUCUGUUUUUAUCACUUCUGUUUUGUUAUUUCCUGUCGUUAUCACAGUGAGUUUGUUUUUAAAAAACGGUUACAUUUUUAUGUCAAUUGCCCGUCUGUACACUUUUUGAUUAUUUUAUAAAUAUUAUUAUUUUAUUUAUUUGAUGUACUUGUAAUGUACUUGUGUUUUUUCUACAAAGCAGUGCUAAGAUUUACACAUUCAUACAUUCCAAAUAUUUGUAAGACAAAGUGAUUUUAAAGGAAAGAAACUGAAAGUACUGAAAUACAGUUUUAUAUUGCCUUAUUAUGAUUUCCCCCUCAUCUUGCUAAGACUGUUGACUUUGUAAAGGGGGUAGAAUUGAGUUAAGCCCUUGUAGAGAAAUUGGGUUGUGAUCACAAUUCCAUUAAAUCUGAAAUUCGAUUCACAAAUUGACAUUUUUGGGGGAAUUUUUCAAUGAAACUGACUUGAUUUGAAAUGGAAUUGUCCCUCACAUACUCCCGAUGAAUGAGUGAAAUGAAAUGAGAAUAGGGAAAAGAAACUGAAAAAGGAUUUUCACUCUGUGCUACUGUAGAGAAACCAAUAUGUCUCUGUGUUUAUGCCUUUAGAUGCUGGAAAGGACUUUGAUUCAGUAUCUCACCACAAAAAAAAAAAGGAUUUUGUGUUAUUGGAAAUCAGUAUCUAAUCACCUACAAAUCCUUACUCGAUCAAUAUUUCCUUGUAAACGAAACCCCAACAAAAAUCUUUUUUUUUGUCACCCUCAUGUCUUUAAAUAACCAUGUGGCAAUCUCGUAGCUGAGACAGGACUUGUGUCCCAAAUUGUGUCCUAUUCCCUUUAAUAGUGCACUACUUUUGAACAGAGCCCUAUGUGCACCAUAUAGGGAAAAGCGUGCCAUUUGGGAUGCACCCAUUGGCUUGGCUAGCAUCAAAGCUCAAUCAAACACAGCAGAGACAAUCUCAAAGUGAAACCAUAUUCAAUGUGACUGACGCCACAGACACCAAUGAAAAAUCCAUUAUUUUAGAGAAGCGAUGAGGGGAGAAACACUGGGAAAACAUUGGGAGUGGUGUUUGAUUUGAAAUGUGUGUUCUGCUUAACUGCGAUUUAGACUUAGACCAUAGGGCUCUGGUCAAAAGGAGCUCACUAUAUCGGGAAUCGGUGCCAUUUGGGACGUACCUUUAGGACUGUUUCAAUUCACUCAACUGAACUCAUUGCAUUUUGGCAUUUGAGUGGGUCCACUAGAAACACUGAUCGAAGGGGACAGAAUUGGCCUUUCAAACCUCCUACUCAAUACUGAAGUGUAAGAUAUCUGCUGUAGGAGAGAGAGAGAGACAGAGAUUAUAUGGAAGGUCAUGAAAGUGGGGAGAGUAUACCUAAACAUUACUUCCACUUUGAAACAGAUUUGUUUGUUUUUUGUUUCUUUUACAAAAGAGAGGGAGGGAAAGAGAACAUUUACAGGGAUGAAAAAGAAAGACAAGAUAGUAGACAGUGUCUGCUGCACGUUUCUGUGUGCCUGCAUCUAAAAUGUGUUGCUUCUUUUUGAUGAACUUAUCGAGCAUUAAAUAAAAGUAUAAAAAAAAUCUAAAAGGAUAACUAAAAGAUGACUUUAUAGACGUACGAAGUACCAGAAAAAAAACCUGUUGAAGUCUUGUAUGAGGAUGUUCUGAUCUAUGUGUUCUAUUUCUAGAUGUACCUUGUACCUAUGUCGUAAUAAACAUGCGUAUUGCUGUUUGUAAAUAACCGCAUGUAUCCAUGAUGACUAGUUUUGCUACACAGAGAGAAAUAAAUAAAAUCAACUAUUUUUAUUA